AUGAAUCAAAAGGUAAAACACUUCAAGAAGCCUACACAGGUAUGGUGGCUGUCAACACAUGAAGCUGUAGAAGCCAUUUAUUCUGCAUGGACACUGUUAAUAUUGUCUCUGGAGCAUGAAGCAGCAUCUAGCAACAAAGAUGGGGCAGCAAAAGCAAAGGGUAUGAUUUAAAUUAAAAAAUAAACUCUUUCGUUUUUAUUACAACCACUUGCUUCCUUCUUGAUGUACUUGGUGUUAUCAGUAAAUGUAGCAAAGUCUUUCAGACAGACAUGAUUGAUAUUGAUCAAAUGCAAUCAAUGCUAGAAGCAACUGUGUCAAUGAUUAAAGACAUGAAAGAAAAUCCCGGUGAGUAUUUGGGAGAACUACUUUCCCACAUGGAAACAAAAAACUAUAGUGAACACAAAGGAACCAAAGUGGAAGACUUCAAUCUGGAACAGAAAAAUCGUUUCAAUAGAAACAAGGACAGUGUUAUAGACAACGUGAUUGCUCAAGGGGAGUAG